UCGGGUGGCAUGGCAUCGCAUCGCAGGAGGCAUGUUUGUUCCAUCCCUCCAUUUCGCGCGCGAGCGAAGCCGAGCAUCAGCAUCUCUCUCCCCUUCUCUGCCUUUUGUGUCAUUUGCCCCCCCUCUGACACGGCCCCAUCCCCCCGGCCCUCUGCCAUUUUGGCUUUGCCCCCGCGUGUGGUGUGACUGCGCGCGCGCGCGGCCAAGACACACAGAGAGAGAGAGAGAGAGAGAGACUAGACUCUAGUCUCUAGAGAGAGAGAGUGAGAGGCAACCUGCCACUGCUAAUGCCAAUGCCAAGCUGCAUGCUGCUUUGCUUUCCUUGGCCUCACGCUUGUUCCAUGUUAGUUCGAGCGCACACACACAAUCACACAUUGCACGCGCAGACGCAGCCACUGCUUCUUCUUCCUCCUCUUCUCCCAGGAAAGAGCUCACCUGACCUGACCACCUGAGGUUGUAGUUGCUGGUUUGCUUGCUAGCUUCGUCGUCUCCUCCUACCUGAGCUCAGCAAUGGAGCCGCCCUUCUUCCUCCUCCUGCUGCUGCUCGUGGUCUCCUCCUCCUCCCCUUCCGCCGCCCUCCUCUCCGCCAAGGGCGUCAACAACGAAGUGCAAGCUCUGAUUGUGAUCAAGAACCUGCUCAAGGACCCCCAUGGCGUGCUCAAGAGCUGGGACCAGAACUCCGUCGACCCCUGCAGCUGGGCCAUGAUCACCUGCUCCCCGGAUUUCCUCGUCACUGGCCUGGAAGCUCCAAGCCAGCAUCUCUCUGGCCUGCUCUCACCAAGCAUCGGCAACCUGACCAAUCUUGAGACUGUUCUCCUGCAGAACAACAACAUAACCGGGCCAAUCCCAGCAGAGAUUGGCAGGCUGGAGAACCUCAAGACGCUUGAUCUCUCCAGCAACAGCUUCUAUGGCGAAAUCCCCAGCUCUGUGGGCCACCUCGAGAGCCUCCAGUACUUGAGGCUCAACAACAACACCCUGUCUGGUCCAUUCCCUUCUGCAUCAGCUAACCUGUCACACCUUGUUUUCCUAGAUUUGUCAUAUAACAACCUGAGUGGCCCGAUUCCAGAAUCAUUGGCAAGAACUUACAACAUAGUGGGGAAUCCCCUCAUCUGCGACGCCAACAGGGAGCAGGAUUGCUACGGGACGGCGCCGAUGCCGAUGAGCUACAGCCUGAACGGCUCGCGGGGCGGCGCGCUGCCGCCGGCGGCGAGGGACAGGGGGCACAAGUUCGCCGUCGCGUUCGGCUCCACCGCCGGCUGCAUGGGCCUCCUCCUCCUCGCCGCCGGUUUCCUCUUCUGGUGGCGCCACCGCCGCAACCGGCAGAUCCUCUUUGACGUCGACGAGCAGCAGAUUGAGAACGUGAACCUGGGGAACGUGAAGAGGUUCAGCUUCAGGGAGCUGCAGGCGGCGACGGAGGGGUUCAGCGGGAAGAACAUCCUGGGGAAAGGAGGGUUCGGGAACGUGUACAGGGGGCAGCUCCCCGACGGGACGCUGGUGGCGGUGAAGCGGCUCAAGGACGGCAACGCGGCCGGCGGCGAGGCCCAGUUCCAGACGGAGGUGGAGAUGAUCAGCCUCGCCCUCCACCGCAACCUCCUCCGCCUCUACGGCUUCUGCAUGACCGCCACCGAGCGCCUCCUAGUCUACCCCUUCAUGUCCAACGGCAGCGUCGCCUCCCGCCUCAAAGCGAAGCCGGCGUUGGAGUGGGGGACGAGGAGGAGGAUCGCGGUGGGGGCGGCGAGGGGCCUGGUGUACCUGCACGAGCAGUGCGACCCCAAGAUCAUCCACCGCGACGUCAAGGCCGCCAACGUGCUGCUGGACGAGGCGUGCGAGGCCGUCGUCGGCGACUUCGGGCUGGCCAAGCUGCUGGACCACCGGGAGUCGCACGUCACCACGGCGGUGCGGGGCACCGUCGGCCACAUCGCGCCGGAGUACCUGUCCACGGGGCAGUCGUCGGACCGGACCGACGUCUUCGGCUUCGGCAUCCUGCUGCUGGAGCUCGUCACCGGCCAGACGGCGCUCGAGUUCGGCAAGUCGUCCAACCACAAGGGCGCCAUGCUGGACUGGGUGAAGAAGAUGCAGUCGGAGAAGAAGGUGGAGGUGCUGGUGGACAAGGGGUUAGGCGGAGGGUACGACCGGGUGGAGGUGGAGGAGAUGGUGCAGGUGGCUCUCCUCUGCACCCAGUACCUCCCCGCCCACCGCCCCCGCAUGUCCGACGUCGUCCGCAUGCUCGAGGGCGACGGCCUCGCCGACCGCUGGGAGAAGGCCUCCGGCCACUCCACCGCCGCCGCCGACUCCCUCUCCCACUCCCACCGCACCUCAGACCCGGCGCCGCCCGCCGCCGACUUCGCCGCCGCCUUCGGCCGCUGCUUCUCCGACCUCACCGACGACUCCUCCCUCCUCGUCCAGGCCGUCGAGCUCUCCGGCCCCAGAUAACACCACCAUGAUCGAGUAGCUGUGGUGUGUGGCUCUUCUUGUACAGCAUGCUUGCAUGGAGCUCUCUGUCUUUCUGUCUGAAUAUUAAUGUAGCUAGCUAGGUUGGGAAAUACUUCCCUGUUUCAUAUUAUAAAACUUUUUAGCAUUACCCAUACAUUCAUAUAUAUAUGUUAAUAAAUCUAGAUAUAUAUGUAUGCCUAGAUUUAUUAACAUCUAUAUGAAUGAAUGUGGGCAAUGCUAGAAAGUUUUAUAACCUGAAAUGGAGGUAGUAAUAAUUAUAUUUUACUAAGGUAAUUACUAAUUAGUGAUGCGUAUAUAUUUAUAUCAUUUUAGAUGAACUGUACAAACACAAGAGGAGAGGACAAGGACUUGUACUUUUCCGUGUCUCCAUAUAUACUUGAUGUUAAUAAUAGUAGAGUGUUAUUAUUGUAGGUUUAGUUAUUAGUUGAAACAAUAUAUAUGACUGAUUGUAAGUGAGAUGCAGUAACAAGCUUCCACCUCUUGAAGCUUUUGAGGA